ACAAUAUCCUAACAAAAAAUCUUUAUAAACCUCCAACAAUCUUAAAUAAUGCUCGGACACACAACAUUAUUACACAAGUAUCUUCUAAAUAUCUUAAAAUAAAUCCGAUAUAGGAGUAUCUUGUAAUAAACUGCCUAUAUAAUCUUCAACCGCCAACUUUUCUCCCUCCGUUUCUCUCUCAUUUCAUCUCAUAUUUCUUCGUUCUUGAUUUAUAAACAUACAGAUAUAUAAUUAUAAUUAUAUAUUCUUGAUAUACUUUUUGAAAUGGGUUCUGGGUUUUCGUUAUUUUUUGCACCGGAAGCGCCGGGAACGAAUCUCGGCGACUUGCCGGAAAGUUGUGUGGCCUCUGUUUUGGAGAACAUGGAGCCGCAGCAGAUAUGCCAGGUGGCGGGUCUGAACCGGGCUUUUCGGGGAGCUGCUUCAGCUGAUUUUGUUUGGGAAUCGAAGCUGCCUGUGAAUUAUGAUGAGAUUUUUAGAAGAUUGUUUGGUGAUUUUCCUAAGGAGAUUUGCAAGAAGGAUCUGUAUUCUGUUCUUUGUCAUCCUAAUUCUUUUGAUGACGGACAUAAGAAAGCUUGGUUGGAUAAAAGUUGUGGGAAGAUUUGUUUGGCUAUUUCUUCGAAUGGAUUAUCUAUUACUGGGAUUGAUGAUCGGAGACACUGGAAUCGCAUUCCGACUGAGGAAUCUAGAUUUAGCUCAAUAGCGUAUCUUCAGCAGACCUGGUGGUUUGAAGUAAAUGGUGAAGUCGAGUUUCCUCUCCCAGCUGGAACCUACAGUCUGUUCUUUCGGUUGCAGCUAGGAAAGUCUGCCAAAAGAUUUGGCCGUCGAGUUUGCAACUCUCAGAACGUCCACGGUUGGGACAUUAAGCCUGUGCAAUUCCAGCUCUCGACUUCAGAAAAACAACAAGCCACUUCAUGUUAUCUGCGGAAAUCUGGAAGCUGGAAUUACUAUCAUGGCGGGGAUUUUGUGGUGGAAAAAUCAAACAAGCCAACGAAAAUCAAGUUUUCAAUGAUGCAGAUUGAUUGCACUCACACUAAAGGCGGGCUUUCUGUAGAUUCUGUCGUAGUGUACCCGGUUGAGCUUAAGGAGAGGUUAAUGCGUUUUUGAUUGCUGAUUAACCUAGUGUAUGUGUAGUAGAAAGUUAGGUUUGUAGAAUGGAAGAUGUAGAAGUGUUUGCUUUCAGAACCAUAUAUCUUUUUUUGUUAGGAGGGUCAGGAUAUAUUAUUGUGUUCUGCUGGUUUCUAUGUACAGUUCCAGAUCUCAUUUGAGUUCUUCCUCUAUAUAAUUUUUCAUUUAGUGACA